AAAACCGGAAGUCAUCCGUUCGCUGGUGUUUCUGUUUCGUGAGUUUGUGAGAAUGGUAUGUCGUAGAGACAUAAAAAAAGGUGGUGCUGAAGAUCAUUCAGCACUACUAGGAGGAGGGCCAGUGCAGUGAGGUUGUGCAGGGGGUCCUGUUGGGCCUGAGGGUGGAAGACUGGCUGGAGAUCACCAACUGCUUCCCAUUCCCCAAGCACACGGAGGAUGAUGCCGACUUGGACGAGGUUUGGGCACACAGUUCAGUAUGAAAUGGAGAUGAUGAAGAGCCUUCGUCAUGUGAACAUCGAUCAUCUGCACGUGGGUUGGUACCUGUCCACCUUCUAUGGCUCUUUUGUGAUCCAAACCCUCCUGGAUUCCCAGUUCAGCUACCAGCACGCCAUUGAGGAGUCUGUGGUGCUCAUUUAUGAUCCCAUUAAGAUGGCACAGGGCCCUUUGUCCCUUAAGGCUUACCGGCUGACUCCCAAGCUAAUGGACAUCUGUAUGGUGAAGGACUUCUCAAAAGAAGGAUAUGUUAACCAGCCUGUGCUGGUGCAGACACGACCCACUCAGCUGUGCACAGUCACACGUGUGUGUGCUCACCACACAGGGAGCGCCUUGACUUCCCAGUGCCAAACCCCAGUCAGCUCUUCUGGUUUGAUAUCUUGCCCACAUUCUCUGAAUUUGUGCCACUAAUUCUGAUCAAAACCACUUUGGGCUUCGAAGCUGUUUUUCUGAUCAGCCAUGAGAGUCACCAGCCAAUUUCUUGCCAGGAAAGUGUCGACUUUAACCUUGACUGCUCACGCUAAUGGAGUUAUUAGUGCUGGCAGAGUUGUGACAGUUUCAUGGAGUUUGUUAUGAGUGACCUCUGCAUGUGACCCUCAGAUCUCUGUGUUCAGUGAGUGAUCAGAUUCAGUGAUAUGAGGUAGGGGAGAGAUAGACAUGAGAUAAAUCUCAUCGGCACUCAAGGAUUUGAAAGUGUGUUGCUCAGUUUGGUCUUUUCACCUAAUUAACUUGCACUCUGAACACUGGCAAAUUAAAUCGUAACAGAACUUUUUUAUUAAUACUGGCUAAAUUGAAAGUGUCAUGUGUCUUUGUUAAAAACAUGCUUUAAUAGGAGAGAAAUGGUGAGCAGAGUUGUUUCUUUUACAUUUAGCUGAUUUCUGUCCUGUAUGUGUCCUCUUCUGGACAUGCCUUAGCUUUUUUUUUUUUUUACUAUGUAUUUACUACUUACAUAGCUUAUAAGCUUACAGUUGUAAAACAUAAAAAAAGAAACUAUUUCCAUCCUGUGCUAA